CAUCCCCGUCACAGCCGCGCCCACACUCCCGCCCGCACAGUCUCUCCGCGUGUAGCAUCCCUGGGCACGCGUCCAAGGUCACCUUCUCACUUGCGCGAGGCCUCGGCUUCUGGCGGGCCAUCCGCUCGCGGUCGACGGAGGGGACCAGCACCUCUAGCGCUUCGAGCAGCACACCUCGCUCUCUGCGCUCUUCGUCUGCUGCCCGCUGCCUGUCUGCAGCGACGGUUCCUCUCCCUGGUCGUCUAGUCCCCUCCUCUGGUCGUCUAAUCUCUCUGCUGCGCCCGGCCGCAACUCCGCCUGCCCAGCACCGACGAGCGCCAUCCUGCCACACGCUGCCCAGCAUGCAGUAUGUUGGCCGCCUUGUCUCUUCGGUCUACAACUCGGUGCCGUCGAUCAACCCGGCGACGCUGAGCGGCGCGAUCGACAUCAUCGUGGUGGAGAAGAAGGUGGACGUCGAGGAGGAUGUGCCCGACGACACGCCGGGCGCUCUGCCGGGAGCGAUGAAGAAGCGCGUGCGCUCCACCACUGAGCUCAGCAGCACGCCCUUCCAUCUGCGCUUCGGCAAGAUGUCUGUCCUUCGUCCGGCAGAACGCAAGGUGACUCUGCACCUCAACAACUCGCCCGACCCUCUUCCGUUCGCCAUGAAGGUCGGAGAGGCAGGCGAGGCUUUCUUCGUGCUGGAGCUGGACGAAGACGAGUCGCGCGAGGGCAUCCCCGACGAUCUGGUCACGUCGCCGAUCCUUUCCGCGGCGUCGAGCCCAGAGCUCUCUGCGGACUCGCUAGAGCUGCCCGGCGAGGACGGCAUGGAGGCGCUCGACCUCGGAGCCAGCAUCUCUGCUGCCACGGCGCAGGAAGACGCAGCCAGUGCUGCCACGACCUUGCCUAGCCAGACGACCGAGAGCGCCGGGGUCACACAGCCCACGAGCCGCGCUUCCUCGGAUGCGCACUUUGAUGGAGAGAAGAAGGGCCGUGACGAGCCCGAGCAGGACGAGACUCGUCCUGACGACGACUCGCCGGGCACGCUCGACGUCCCGCCAGACUCGGGCGCCACUGGCAGCGGCCCAGCCGGCCCGUCCAGCGUCCUGGGCCAGGUAGGCGCCGUCGUCUCAAAGGCCAGCGGCGUCAUCGGCGGUGCGGGCCGCUCGGUGGUCGCGCCGCUGACCGGCGGCAGCAACAAGCUGGAGAAGAUCCGCAAGGCAGAGCAGACGGGCGACGACGGAUCUGCGCCGCUCGCCGGAGGAGACGGAGCCGGCGGUGCCGUGCCUCUGGAGUCGACGAGCUCGAGCAGCGGCCAGCGCAGGAUGCAGGCGGAGGACGAUGCCACGCCGCCCACUGAGCCGCCGCAGGCCGACGACACAGAGACCGACAAGCUCGAGAUGGCCAUGAAGCGGCGGGCCGAGCGUCUUGUGGGACAGGCCCGUCGUCGCUCUUCAUCGCCUUCCGGCGAGCGUGACGACACGCGCGGACGCCAAGCCGAUUCCAUGCUCCAUGCCGACGAGCAGGAGGAGGCCUACCCCUCUCCGUUUGGUGCUACAGGCGGAGGGGUGUCGUCGUCGCAGCACUCCUCUGAGUCCGCCGGCGGCGCAGCGUCUGCUAGCGAAACACGGCCGGCCGCCCAGUCCGACCACUCCGAGUUCCUCGCCGGACGCCGCCUUGUGCCGGUAGCGAGCGGCCUCGGCACCGUGCAGCUCUCCGCCAGCCAGGUGGAGCCUCGCAUUCUCAAGGAGCGUCUGGGCCAUUCGCCGUCGGCGUCCGAGCAGAGCACAGCUGGACGUGAUGAGCAGGACGAUAGCGCCACGACGAGCAAGACUGCGUCGCGGAUCUCAGGCACGAAGCGCAAGGAGGAUCUCCAGUACAUGCUCGACAUGGACGGCUACAAGAUGACGGCCGACGGCGAGGACCUGGCGUUUGCCGAGGGCAAGCGCUUCUCCGAGGAGAUGCCGCUCAGCAGGCGUCACGGCGGCUCUGGCCGCCACGGCCACGGCGAGCUGAUGGCACACCCGCAUUCGCCGCACUCGGGAGACGAGCUGCGCCGAGCGGUCGCGCAGGGCACACGGCCUCGCAGCGCGAGCAGAGGUGCUUCACCAGAUGCAGAGAGCGAGCAAUCCGAUCGACCGCACCUGGGGCAUCGCCGCAACUCGGCGUCAAGUGCUUCUAUCGCAUCCGACUCUCUUCGCCGAGCCUCAUUCACGCCCGGCAAGAUCAGCACGCGCGGUCUGCCAGACGACACUCCACCCCUCUCUGCCGCAGCAGACGGAGACUUUGGCGCCGACGAGCUGAGCCUCAGCCGCGAUCUCGUUCGCCUGACGCGUCUGCUGCGCCCUGACACCCUGGCUGCCGGGCCUGCUGAGGGAGAGAGCGAGGAGGCAGAUGUGGCGCAGGACGACAAGCAGCGCGCCGAGCCGUCCAGGCGUGCCAAGCGCCACUUCCAAGACACUUCGCUCAGCGACACCGAGGCAGAAGUGGGCUCGACCUCGUGGUCUCAGCAUCAGCGCGCGACGAGUGCCGACAUCGAGUAUAGUGCUGCCCGCCACCGCACAGUCAAGGGCGACGUUACGCCGCCGCACAGACCCGGCGGGCUCGACACCGAUGCGCUCCUGCGCUCGCCCGAGUACGAGUGGGGCUGGGGCGAGCUGCCGAAGCAGAAAGAACGGGCGCAGCGGAGAGUGCGGCACCAGAGCACUGCCGGUGCAGGCGGCUCCGAGUCGGCACGACGCGCUUGCGCGAUGGAUGCCGAGCAUGGCGCACUCGACGGCCUGGCGCCGGACGUUUCCGGCAAGCUCUGGAGCUCCGAGGAAGAGCCGUACAUCUUCAAGCUGCAGCUCGACGACGCUGCGCAUGACUUUGAGCUCAGCCUGUGCUUCUCCGCAAGCUUCGGCGCGGCCGGCUCUCCGGCGGCAAGAGAUCAGGCCUCGUCGGCGUCCGACGAGGAUCGGUACAACUUCGAGGAGAACCGCAUCAGUUUCCAGCGCUUCCUCGACGACGAGGGCGUGGUCAACGACGACCGCCUCGUCGUGCGCUACCAUGAUCGCUUCCUGACGUGGGAGAAUGCUUCUGCUGUUCUUGCGACACUGGCUCUAUACCGCAAGACCCUCGCAGCGAGCCAAGCAGGCAGCGCUGCAGCUUCCGCGAAUGCCGACGCGGAUGUCGGGCCUCGCGCAAGUGUUUGGUCGCGCUGGUGGAACCGGAGCAAGACUGCGGAGCUGGAGGCGGGCAAGACGCCAGAUGGCGCUCCGCUGCGUAGCUCCGACGAUCUGGCUCCCGCAGUGUCGGCGUCGGUACCUCGCCCUCUAGACCGUGCGCAGACAGACUCGGUGCUCGAGGUCAAUGCGGAAGCCAUCAAGAUUGCCACCGCCGCCAGCGCAAGCAGCAACGUCGCGCCCACGGCGGCUCAGCAGCGCAAGCCGCAGAAGACCUACGCAAAGACGUUGAGACUCACCUCAGAGCAGCUCAAGUCGCUCAACCUCAAGAAGGGCGCCAACAAGAUCACCUUCUCGGUCACCUCGUCGUACUCGGGCGUGGCCACGUGCACGGCGCGCAUCUUCCUGUGGGAGAGCACGCACCAGAUUGUCGUCUCAGACAUCGACGGCACCAUCACCAAGUCCGAUGCGCUCGGACACGUCUUCACCAUGAUCGGCCGCGACUGGACGCACGUCGGAGUUGCCAAGCUCUACACAGACAUCGCGCGCAACGGCUAUCGCAUCAUGUACCUGACGAGCCGUGCCAUCGGGCAGGCCGACGCGACGCGCGACUAUCUCAAGGGCAUCAAGCAGGCCAACUACCAGCUGCCCGACGGGCCCGUCAUCAUGAGCCCAGACCGCCUCAUGGCCAGUCUGCACCGCGAAGUCAUCCUGCGCAAGCCCGAGGUGUUCAAGAUGGCGUGCCUGCGCGACAUUGCGCGCCUCUUCGGCGCCGACCCGCGUGCCUCGCAGCCCAAGAACAUCGGCCCCGAUGCGGCGGAGCGCUGGCCCGGCGUCCAGGCAGACUCGCUGCGCAUGGCGGGCAAUGCCGCUGCGGGCCGCAUGGACAGCCCGUCACAGGGCGCUGCCACGGCGCAGGCAGCCGACUCGGCCGCGCAGUCGGCGCUCCAGACCUCGCCGUUCUACGCCGGCUUCGGCAACCGCAUCACCGACGCCCUGAGCUACCGCAGCGUCAACAUCCCGAGCUCGCGCAUCUUCACCAUCGACUCCAACGGCGAGGUAAAGAUGGAGCUGCUCGAGCUGGCUGGCUACAAGUCUUCAUACAUCCACAUGACCGACCUUGUCGACCAGAUGUUCCCUCCAAUCACCGUGCGCUCGGAGGCGGCGGCCAUCCAGCCGCAGUACAACGACUUCAACUUCUGGCGCCCGUCCAUCCCGCAGUUCGAGCUGCCGCCAGACGACGAGCUCCUGGCGACGCCGCCCGUCUCUCCCGCACUGUCGGCACGCAGCGGCCGCAGCGUCCGCAGCACCGCCAGUGUGCGCAGCGGUGGCGGCGAGAGCUCAAAGGACGAUGAGCCGCGCCGGAGGAGCAGAUUCGGACUCGGCAGCCUUGGUCUCAGCCGGCGGACCAGUGCUCAGACCAUCGCCAGCCCCGAGGGCGUCGAGAGCAAGACGCCGCAAGCGCCGAGCCACUCGCAGACUCUGCCGUCGAGCACGUCGGCGCCCGAUCUCACCGCCGAGGCAGCGCUGGCCGAUGCACGCACACGGCCGUCGGCGUCGCAUGGACGAUCCGACUCACUCGAGGCGGCCACAUCCAGCAGCUACGGCUCUGGUGUCACCUCGUGGACCGCACCCUGGCGACGCCGUCGCGCGGCUUCGCCCGGCGGUGACGGCACGACGCAGGCGACCUCUCCCCUCGUGGGUCCUGUCAUCACGGCCGAGCCGGACUCGGAGGACGAAGGCGAAGGCAUGGCCUCGGACGACGACGUCAGCCUCUUCGACUUCAGUGGCGCUGGCCAGAAGAGCAAGGCCGAGGGCGCCAGCGACGCGCGUGACGAGGAAGACGACCGCGGCAGUGAGGAGGAUGAGGACAGCGAGGACGAGAAUGCGGGGGACCAGGUGCUGGA